AUGCAAGUCGAAGCGCCACCUACUGAGUCUUUGCUCGCUCCUUCAUAUUGCGAUGGAUGUCUUUACCCCCUGACACUUUGCCCUCGUCACCCCUCCGAACUCUUUCCGAACGGAGACCCCGAUCCCUACCAGUUCUACAACGAAGUGAUCCACGGAAUCAGUUCCGCCCAUACGCCGGAUACUUUUCGGCAAAUCACAGAGCUCAUAGACGGAGAACCCGGGCGUGCCUCGCUCUACAACGAAGUGAUCGGCGGGGGCGACUCAUCACUCGUUGCACCUUCCAACAAACGCAGGAAAACUGAUCGAGGCCGAUUCUGUUGUACUUUAUGCACAGCGAGUUACACCGCAAAGCACAACCUCAUGUACACCAUGGAAGCAAAGAUCACCAUUGCCCAGUGCCAAAGGGCUGCGGAUCUAGCUUCACGACGCCAUCCUCUCUGGUUCGCCAUCGUAAAACGUGUAAAAAGCGAUGAUGUAGCAGGAUUGAUCCUGGAACUCUGUCGAUUUACUUGGGAUUUGUCCCCGGAGGAUUUUACGGGGAAGCACAACCUCCAGAGAAAAACCACCAAUGCGUGCCAGAGGGCUGCGGAUCUAACUUUGCGACGCAAUCCUCUGUGGUUCGCCAUCGUAAAACGUGGAAAAAACGAUGAUGUAGGAGGAUUGAUCCUGGUACUCUGCUUCACGAAAUUGCCAGGAAGUUGGCAAUCUCAGGCUCUGGCGGCUACCCGAGAGCGGACGAGGAUCAGGAUUAGCCGGAUACCAACGGCGAGGGCAGUUCGAGGAGAGCGAUUACCUGGUAGGGAAAGAACUCCAACGAUCACCAAAUUGCCCUAUGGGCAUUCAAAUCUUUCCCUCCUACUUUUCCACGCACAACUUGGGCGCUUGUUUGAUCCGGUCAAUGCCGAAACGGGUGUUGACUCUGACGCUAGAUCUCAAUUCGUAUUUCCCGCAGAUUUAACGGACUCGCUCAACCUUCUGGCACCUCACCUCCGUCCUUCUUGGAUCGGAGUCGGAGGUUUUUCUGGUGUUUGUGCUCUCUGCUCCUUUUUCAAGUCUGUUCAAUGGGUGCUUGUUGCCAUAUUCACUUCUCCCGCCACUCUGACACCAUUCGAAAACAGUUCUCGAACAAGACCCCUCACUAUUUUCCUUCGCGAACUCACACUUGCCGCGCACAGCGGUGGCCCACACCAACGAUCACUCAUGAGAGACCCAGAUCCGUCUCUUUGUCAUAUUACGGUGCAUGGUUCAGAGCGUACACCUACACCACGAGGGGCCUACGUACUAACAACCAAACCAUCCGUUGAUGAAGGGGAUAUUCUUGACUCGCGCCGGCCGUAUCGAUGGUGGAACCUCACACGUCAGCACCUCACACGUCAGUACCUCACACGUCAGCACCUUACCCCUCAGCACCUCAUUCCUCGCCACCUCAUCCCUCACCACCUUACCCCUCACCACCUCAUUUCUCACCACCUCAUCCCUCAUCACCUCACCCCUCACCCCCUUACCACCACAUCCCACCUCAUUCCUCACCUCAUCCAUCCCUCACCACCUCAUCCAUCCCUCACCACCUCAUCCCUGAGCACUCAUUCAUCACCACCUGCUUCCACAGCUACGUCAGAGGUACUCAGCAAAUACUUAGAAGCCUCACCCCUGGCAAGUUCUAUUGCCUCAAAUCCGCUAUUCUUGGACAAAGAUUGGUCAAUUUUUGGGACCUCAAAUCCGCUAUUUUUGGACAAGAAAUGGCCUGAGCUUCCCGGGGCCUCGCCACCUACGAAGAUACUUACUCGUGGAAAGGCCAGAAAAUCUCGGAAAUUCCAAUAUCGAAGUUGGACAGCGAACUUCAGAUUACAUCAGCAACAAAGAUCCAACCAAACAGAGGCCUCAGCAACGCUCUUCGAAGGAAGUUGUCCGUUCUCCAAUAUCGAGUCAGCCAAGAGUCAGCCGCUCCUCCGUUCCGAGUCGUUCCUCUGCUCAAUUGCACUCAAAUACGCCAAUCUCAGGUUCAAGCAUACACCGCAUUCACAGCGCACGUUGACAAACGCCUACUCUUUGCGCUCCGCACAUGCUCGUGAUACCUACCUUGGGAGCGCGCUCGAAUGA